AUGGCUGGUUCACGCAAUCAUGCGUCUCCGAUGGACUGGAGUUACGAUAAUCAAACCGGGCCAACGGAUCCGUCGUCGCCGUUUUCGCGGCAGAACAUAGAGCGACAGAUGCAAGGAGGACCACCUAGAAAAAGACAUUAUGGCGAAACUGCAGUAACACCAAUUAAGGACCGACAGUUCGAUAUGACGACACCAUCUUCGAAGCCGUUCUUCUUUACCCCAUUCCAAAAUCCACUCGACUCGUCUGCGUUCAAGACAGCUCGCGAUUUGAGGUCUCCGUCUGUGAAUUCCGAUGCAGAAGAUUCACCUGCACCCGGUGUCGCGGGAAUGGACUCGAUGAUGACAGAUGAUACUCCGACAAAGACGCCAAUGCCAAUGCCAUUAGCGGUAGCGAAGAAGGGAGAAGAGUCGAAUCCUGACACGAAACCCGACGCGACAAUAAAGAAGCAACAGGGAGCAAAGGGAUUGUUUGGGAAUUUUGGAUUCUUGCCACCGAAGAAAACCAGCAAGGGCGAGAAGAAGGCACACAAGUUCAGCGACAAGGCAGCGAAGAAAGUGGAAAGGAGACGACGGAAGCAAGGGUCGGGUCAAAAUGUGUUUUGGGCCCAUUCGGGAGAUUCUUACGAUUCUGAGGAUUCCGAUAGUCCGUUCGCACCGGCGACCAAUAAACGACGAUCACAACGGACUUGGGCGGAGACACAUCGGGAUAUACCACAAGUGCUGUCGCAAUACUUACAGCUGACAAUAAACAUUCUGAUCGCGUCCGUGGUGAUGUACUUUGUUUAUCUGGUCUGGAGUACGAUUCAGAAGGACGUGAACAAGAAGAUCGAUGAUUACACGGCUGUAGCCCAACUCAAGGUGGCGGCUUGUAACGCAAAGCUCGUGGAGAAUAGAUGCCAACCGGGUUUGAUGGUACCGGCGAUGGCAGAACAGUGCAUGGAAUGGAGGGCAUGCGCGGAGAUGGACCCGUAUAAUACGGGAAGGAGUCAGGUGUCAGCUGAGACGUUCGCGCAGAUUAUCAAUGGGUUCGUGGAACAUAUUAGUUACAAGAGCAUGGUGUUCUGUCUGGCGCUGGCGUUCGGGUGUAUAUUUUUUAGUAAUUUCGCGUUUGGGUUCUUUCGAGCGAAGGUGGGGGGACAUCCAGCACCGGUUUUGGCGGCGGCAGCACCUCGGCUUAUGUAUGGGGGUGCGGCUGGAGUGGUGCAUCAGAUUCAUUCGUAUCCGGCGACGGGUACGGCAAUAUUUGCGACACCUGCACCUGGGGGGAAAUCGAAGAAAGGGAAGAGCCACGGCAACGUUGAUAAUAUCAAGCAGACACCUUUUUUCACGGCGAGGAAGGCGGUCAGGCCGGAGGAUGACGAGGAUGAUGAUGAUUACGAUGGUGAUGAGUAUGACGGGUAUUCACAGACGCCAACGGUAUCACGGAGACGGGUUCUCUUUUGA